AUCGGGGACUCGGGGGUGGGCAAGACUUGUCUGAUCAUUCGCUUUGCAGAGGACAACUUCAACAGCACAUAUAUCUCCACCAUCGGUGAGCCCGCCGGCCGGGUCCCCGGCCCCGACCCCGUGACCUCCGCCCCGGGCUCCCAGCUCUUCGCGCCCCCUCCAGAAUUGACUUCAAGAUCCGCACUGUGGAUAUAGACGGGAAGAAGAUCAAACUGCAAGUCUGGGACACAGCGGGCCAAGAGCGAUUCAAGACAAUAACAACCGCCUACUACCGCGGAGCCAUGGGCAUUAUCCUAGUAUACGACAUCACAGACGAGAAAUCCUUUGAAAAUAUUCAGAACUGGAUGAAAAGCAUCAAAGAGAACGCUUCAGAUGGGGUGGAGCGCCUCCUGCUGGGGAACAAGUGUGACAUGGAGGCCAAAAGGAAGGUGCAGAAGGAGCAGGCGGACAAGCUGGCUCGAGAGCAUGGCAUUCGAUUUUUCGAGACAAGUGCUAAAUCCAGCAUGAAUGUGGAUGAGGCUUUUAGUUCCCUGGCCCGGGACAUCUUGCUCAAGUCAGCAGGCCGGAGAUCAGGAAACGGCAACAAGCCCCCCAGCACUGACCUGAAAGCCUGUGACAAGAAGAACACCAACAAGUGCUCCCUGGGCUGAGGAUCCUUUCUUGCCUCCCCACCUUAAACCUAGAGACUGAACUUGAGGGAGGCAGGGCUGGGGCUGGGCAGGAGAGAAACAGCAGAGGAGCUUGGAUGGAUAGAUGUGUAGAUGGUAAGGAGAAAAUGGAGAAGAAAAAAAGAAAAGAAAAAAGAAGGAAAAGAGGCAGGGAGAAGGAAGGAGAAAGAAUUGAGGAAGUGAAAGAAGGUAAGGAGGCAGGAAUAGAGAAAAGAAGAAAGGAAGGAUAAACGGCCUCAGGUCUCAGACCAUCUCUGGGUUUCAGGGCAAACAUAAAUGUAAAUACACUGUUUUAUUCUGCUACUAGAUCAGGUUUUGUGGUUGUGUGAAAGGCUGGCUCAGCUCCACUCUCUGAAGGUUUGGUUCUGUCACUCUGCAUGGUCUUUCUUAGCAUUAAAGGCCACCAUUUGCACAAA